UGGCUACUGACCAAAAUUUGAUCACUAUGGCGACCACACUUCUUUCCUGCUCCAUUGAUCAGGUGCUGUCCCUGCUCAUUCUCUGUAAGCAGGUCCUGGAGACAGAUAGCAGUGAUAUCAGUCCAGUGGGAGCCAGGAUGUUGAUACUGCCCAUGCUCCAGAUUCUGGCCACACCCAGGUCUGAGUUGAUUGGUCGACAGCUGGGUAUCCUUCACAGCUUGGCAGGGGACAUCAUUCUAAACAUUGAGAAGGGAAGAGCCGUUUCUAAUGAAAUGACACUACAGCGAGACACGAGGGUUGGGAUGACCACAGCUAGUUAUGAGGAUCAAAACUUUGUCAACUGGACAACAGUCUUCUCAAUUCAGUCCGAUCAAGCUGUGUCGUGGAUGGACAGUCUGAUGUCAUCACUAAAACUGACCAAUCGCAUCCCAUUUUCAUUGACGAACCUAGUUUCUGCAUUGUUUACCAUGAGCAGGAGUGAAGAGGAGGCCAGUCUGGCCCUUAAGACGUUGACCCUGAUAGCCAAUCAAGACAGCACUCAGGCUCCUUGGUUUCUUCCUCUGAUGCUGUACCAGUUAAGAAGGGAGAGCACUCCGUCUGUCCGAUUUGAAAUCAUGAUGACCAUACCAAAGCUUGCUACACACAAGGUGUGUGUUGGACCUAUCCUGAGAACCAUUCAGUCCUUUGGUACUUUUCCGGCUAUGAGGGGCCUUUACCUGCAGAUGUUAACAGAUUUAUGGAAGAUCCAGGACCGGUGUUUUCCACAGUUGCUAAUGGAAACAAAUAAAGGAUCCUCUGAUUCUCUGGAAGUGUUACUUUCCAAGGCCAAGGCCAUCAGAGAUGUAUGCAAAUUAAGACCAGAACAACAUGGCUCAGAUAUGCUCGUUCCGUUAUCGGACAUCCUCAGCCAGUGUACGAGAGAGGAGGAGGCCGCAGUGUCCUCUCUAGCUCUAGAAGGAUUGUACUUCCUGUGUGAAGCAGAGGUUAUUAACAUCCUGUCUGCCUGGUCCGUGCUUGCUGACAGUCUUGUCCGGGAUUCUCGACCUGCUGUGGUUGUAAAAAUCUGUGAACUGUUUUCCCUCGUCCCAUCAUUGGUAGAAGAGACAGCAGAAUAUGAGAAAUUCUGUGAAGAUGCUGUGAUGAACUUGUGGUUGUAUACGACUAGUGACAAUGCAAAAGUCUGCGGGGCUGCAUUCCAGGCCCUUGCCAUGUACAGAGCAGAUCAGUUCAAGGUGUCCUACCUUCCCCAACAU